AUGGGCUCAUCUGACCACCGAUUCACCCUAGCUGAGAUCCUAUCACAGAACUAUGGUGUACGAGAAGAGAGGGAGGAGGAAGACGAUACGCAAGAGAAAGAAAAGUCUUUAGAAGAGCUGGAAAAGAGUUUCAGUGCAUCUCAGCUGGUGUUGUACUCGGUGGUUGUUCCAUUCCUGAUGAAGCUUUGUCCUCCUCUCGCUCAGAGCAGUGAAAUGCCAUUCGAGGAGCUGCUUGCACUUUACGGCUAUGAGGCAUCUGAUCCGAUCUCGGAGCAGGACAGCGAGAGCAAUGACAUCCCUCGCAACCUGCCGGACAUGACCCUGGAUAAGGAACAAAUAGCGAAGGAUUUGCUUUCAGGGGAAGAAGAGGAGGAGACGCAGUCUUCAGCCGACGACCUGACUCCGUCCGUCACGUCCCACGAUGCGUCGGACCUUUUCCCAAACCAGCCUAGCUCAAACUUCCUGGCUGAUGAAGACAAAGAGCCCUGCUCUUCUCCAUGUGCUUCCUCCUCGGCAGAGGAUUCCGAAGAGGACUCCAUCCCAUCCAACGAGUGCAAGAAGGAGAUCAUGGUUGGACCUCAGUACCAGGCUGCUGUUCCUAUCCUCCACUUCAACAGGCACAGUGAAAAAGCCUACGAGAAUGAAGAUCAGCUGCUGUGGGACCCAAACAUCCUCCCCGAGAGGGAGGUGGAAGAGUUCUUGUUCCGAGCAGUUAAGCGGAGGUGGGAGGAGGUCUCCAGUGCCAAUCUGCCAGAAGGAGAGAUGGUGAAGGACAAUGAGCAGGCUCUGUAUGAACUGGUUAAAUGUAACUUCAAUGCAGAAGAGGCACUGCGGAGAUUACGAUUCAACGUGAAGGUCAUCAGAGAUGAGCUUUGUGCCUGGAGCGAGGAAGAAUGCAGAAACUUUGAACACGGGUUUAGAGUCCACGGAAAAAACUUCCAUCUUAUACAAGCGAACAAGGUCCGCACCCGGUCGGUGGGAGAGUGCGUGGAGUACUAUUACAUGUGGAAGAAGUCGGAGCGCUAUGACUACUUCACCCAGCAGACUCGCUUCGGAAGGAAGAAGUAUGUCCUCCACCCUGGAGCCACGGAUUACGUGGAUAACGACUUGGACGGGGCCGAGGCGGAAAAUGCCACCCGCUCUCGGAACUCCCCACCGAUUCCCUCUGCCACCAGCUGCCUGGACUCUCACUUCAAUCAAGAUCACCUGGCAAUUGAGAGUGCAGAGCCUCUGAGCGUGGAGAGCGCAGCCUGCAGUUUGGGCAGCAUGAGCGAAUCGGGCCAGGGUUACGAGUGCAGCACUCCCUCAGAGACAAACUGUUCCUUUGACCCUGCAGAGGACACGUCCUCGGGCGGCAUCUCAGCCACUUGCACGCGGCAUCCAGUGAACCCCUCGGAAAUGGGGCUUUACCAGCUGCCACCGGCAGGACCGGGCCUGGCAGACAAGCAGGAGACAUUGCAGAGCUCCGGCGAGACGAUAACUAUGGACUUCACUCUCCCCGGAGACAUUAACGAGGGGUUGCCUUUAAUUUCCGGCCGUGUGGAUUUGGACAGGGACCCAGAGGCACUGGUGUCCCCUGCUCAAGUGUCCUUAUCGGUCACAGAUUUUGGCAUCAUCGGCAUUGGAGAUGUAAAUAGUUUCCUGGCUGCUCACCAGGCCUGCCCGGGGCCGGUGGCUCGGUCAGAGCCUUUGUCACAGUGA